CUAAAUACCACAAGGAACUCGUUUGUGAUCGAAUCAAAAAAUAAUGCGUCGGGAAGUCCGUGGAGUUUGAGGGGAAAUUCAGAAAUGUUUGCCAACUGUUAAAGGAAACCGUUUGUGGAGAUUGAAAGAUUUCACACACUGCUAUAACUGGAUAUUACUGACAUCAAACUUCAGCAUUAACGACGUGGAAGGAAAAAUGUUUCCAAUAAGCGGAUGAGCGUGUGAUGAAAUUUCCUGAUUGAUUUCUGACACAUUUUAUAAAUCUCCGAGAGACACAAUGCUGAAGUCGCCGACAUUCACCUUCGUGUUGUGUGUUUACGUUUGUCUGAACCGCGCCUUGUCUGGUCCCGUCAUAACCGAUGUCCGUUUGACAUGCCACAAUUUUAAGAAUGUGUUAUAUUGGAACUACAGCGCACCCGAUCCGAAUCCUGAAUUCAGCAUAACAAUUAGAGGAUAUGAAAAUGCAGACAAGUCAGUUCUCACCACCAAUCAGACUUACCUGGAUAUCAGUGAAUACACUCAGCAUGCUGAGGAUGGUUACAGCGUACAAUUGACAGCUCAAGCCAACGGAUCAGAACUUAAAAAUUCAUCUGCACGCAUUCUCUUUAGCUAUAACGAGAACAUUCCCACUGAUUUUAAAUGCGUGGUGGACUUCCCACCAUUGAAACUUUCUGUCACUGACCGCAGAGUCAACCUCUCCUUCACUCAUCCCUUUUAUUUCCAUAAUGCUGAAUCCCUCAAUGAUUAUUUUUCAUGCAAGAUUUCUUAUAACAAGACGGAGAGAAUCUGUGAACCCUGUUAUGUGGAAGAUGUUAUGUGUACAGAAGAGUUCGAGCUAUCUGAGAGUCUUUAUGGGAAAUGCAUGGAUGUACACAUCAUGGGAUCUGUUAAUGGCAUACCAACUGAAAUUGACAAAAAGGUGUGCGGCCCUGAAGCACCUAUUGUUACAGAUUGGACAAUGAUUAUAACCAUUUUGCUAUGCUCUGGGUUCAGCAUUCUGCUCCUAACAAUAUGGGGAGUCAUUAUGUACAAGAAACUGAUUCAGUCUGACUCUCAAAGUGCACUCUCCAAACUCCUGGGAAUAGUGAAAGCUGAUCACGUCAAUGUGCCCGAGCAGCCCACUCUGUCCAAGGUGACCUCUGUAGGUCACACCCCUCUGCUGGAGACCACCGAUCAGAUCUUUGUAGACACAUCCACCUCCAAGUUUGAAGACAACUCUCACUUCCCCAAUCACUUCAUUUCUAAUGUAGCAUUGACAGAAAAGCAAGAACACCCAGAUGAGGAGGAGGAAGAGGAGGAUGAAGCAGAUUCUGAAGUCUUUGACAGUGGUAACAGCUUCUCAGGCUAUGACAGCCAUAAGUUCCCUAUUGACAUGGGACAAGGAGACAUAGUAGAAGCCUAUGGGCCGCGUUAGCAUAAUGUGCAUCAUUUGGUAAGCAAAACUAUUUCAAAACCUUUUCCUGUUCUUGAACUUGGAAUUAAUUCCCAAAUGUUCAGUAAUAAAAAACACCUUUUUCCCCCUAAAAUGAAACCGUCAAGCUAUAAACCUGGAAUGGGUACCAUUUGUGUUUUAAACGCUUUCAUAAAUGAUUUAAUAAUCCCUGUGAAGCUGCACUCCCAUUCCCUCCAACUCGUUUGGCACUGUUUCAACUAGUGUCUCAAUUUACCUCACUGUAAAGGUUUUUAGGUAAUACACAAUCAAUUGAGUGGGAAAAUAAGGAACUCCUUGGCAGCUUCAUUGCUGACUUAAUAUAGUUUUUGCUUUGUUGUAGCACUGUUACACACAGCGCUGGAAAAGGUUUUGACGUUAAAGACAUUCAGCCAAGCGGAUAACCCAACGGAUGUGGAAUAAAGAAUGUUGAUAUUGCUCACAGGAUGGAUGGGACCUUCUGACUGCAGGAGAUAAUGAUAUGAUAUGACAUUUAAUUUAUUUUUAAAUGUAUAGAUUUCAUUUUGUCAGUUGUGUUCAGAUGAAGUCGUUGGGUAUUUUAUUUGUUUGGCAAGAAACAAAGACUGUGAUACUGUGACUUACGGAGACUAAUUAGAUUUUUGACAAUUUGCCUUAUUAUUUUCUAUUAAGGUUUUAGUUUGGGGGGAGUUUUUUUUUUUUCUUUUUUUUCCCCUUUUAUGUAUGUAUCAUCAAUGAUGAUUAAGAGUUGAACAAUGUAAUGUCUUCUAUUGUCCGAAAAAGAGCUGAGGUCUCUUUGAACAUGCCAAGUUAAUGUACUUAGUCAUGUACUAGCUGUUUGAGGACUAACAUUUUCCAUUUGAUGCCUUGAAUUCUGCACAGACAGCAAAGUCUUUAAGUACUUUAAAUAAGCAAAAAAUGAUCCAUUAAAAGCCUGCUUUUCCAGUAUUCUGUAAGCAUUGUGGCUAUUUGCUAGUAUAGUUGAUAAAAUGAUUCUAAUAAUACAGACCUGAUUUUUUUUUUAUGUAUGUAUAGUACCAAUCCAUGCACUAUGUUCCACUGAACAGAACCAUGACAAAAUCAACUGUAUAAGCAUUAAUUUUUCAGCAGCAGCAUGGACAUAACCGCACCAUAUAAUAAAUCAGUAAAGAUUCUUCUGCUUUGUAUAACAUGUAUCAAAACUACGCAUGCAUUUAUAUACAUCUCCAAAGAUUUCUAUCAAGCUCCUACUAUUCACUGCAUUCGAAACACGUAUUACUGUCGACACUUAAGUGGUGUUGACACUCAAUUCUUUUAUUGAUUAAUCAGUUGGUCUUUUUUUUUUUUUUUUAUUCAUCGGAAGCACCUUAUCUAAAUACUGCUGUUAAUGCAUUAUUGAUAAAGCCAAAUAAACAUUCCGCUUUGAGUUGCUUAUGUACAGUAUGACUUUUUUUAAAGCUGUAACUAAACCGUUGCUACAGUUGCAUAUAAUUGGAUUGUUGUGAGUUUGUGCAUGUCCAAGCUUUUUCUGUUUGAAAAUUCAAUAAACAAACUUUGUAUGUAAA